GAGAUACAUUACAUAUAGCGCGAGGUGAGUUGAGUUGAAGGAGGGGAUGAGGGGAGCGUGAAGUGUGAGACAGAGAAAAUGAUGGCGGCAACGGUGCCUGUGCGGUGGCAACCACCGAGCGCUAGGUUUAGGGCUGAGUCUGUGGUGAAGAGGAGAGGGAGGGUGACACUGAAAGCCUUCGGUAAUGGAAAUGGAAAGGGUAAGGGCAGGGGAGACACGGAUAGGGUUUGGAGGGAGGCAUGGAGAAGUGCCAACGAUGGCUUUGAGCGCUUCGUGUUCGAAGCCAGGAAGACCGCCGAACGCAUCGACCGCCGCUAUUCCCUUUCACGCCGUCUCUCUUCCGUCGCCAGGGCCGCCGCUGACCGAGCCCGAGAGAUUGAUCGUGAAUUUGAGAUUGGACAGCGCUACCGCACUUUAAGCAUCGAUUUCCAAAGGAACUGGCCCAAGUACAGGAAGCAGCUCAACGAUUUUCUCGACAGUCCUAUCGGAAAGAGUUUCGCUACGCUUUUCUUCAUCUGGUUCGCACUUUCUGGUUGGCUUUUUCGGAUUCUGAUAAUCGCAACAUGGGUACUUCCAUUUGCUGGGCCUCUUCUCAUUGGAACCUUNUACAAUUUAGUCCUCAAUCUUUAA